AUGGUGACGGUCACGGCACCGACGAUGACACCGAAUGCAUUUGUUCCGAUGGUUAGACCUCCGAUGAUACCGAAUGCAUUUGUUCCGGUGGUUAGGCCGCCGAUGAUACCGUAUGCAUUUCCUCCGCUGGCUAGGCCGCCGAUGGUGCCGUAUGCAUUUGCUCCGGUGGGUCCGCCGCCGGUGAGACCGUAUGCAUUUCCUGCGGUGGUUGGGCCGCCGAUGACACCGUAUGCAUGUCCUCCGGUGGUUGGUUCGCCGAUGACACCGUAUGCAUUUCGUCCGGUCAAUGGGCCACCGAUGACACCGAAUGCAUUUCCUCCAGUGGUUGGGCCGCCGAUGACACCAAAUGCAAUUGAUCCGGUGUCUAGGCCGCCGUCUACACUGAAUUCAGAUGCUCCGCAGUAUAGGCCAGAGACACAUCCCGACAAACGGUGGUUUCCAGGGUUCGUGGAGAAUGUGCUUGUGCACAAGCCUACGGCAGGAGGAAAGCCAUCGCUUUUUGGGAAAGUGACAUUCAAGCGAGCUGACAUACCAGAUUUUGUGUUGGGGUAUAAAGAAAAAGUAGGCUAUUAUGUUGAUGGCUUUCCUCUUUAUUGCAAUAGGUUUGUGAGCAAGAAGACGGCUGCAACCGGAGAAUCCUCCAAUGCCAACAGCGAGUAA